CUCAAAAUGGCGACACGGUAGAAAAGUUCAUGCUGUUUUGUCUGUUUUGAAUUCCCCUUAUCUUUUCCAUGUAGUUGUUUUAAUAAUAAUACCAAGUCACUGCUAUCUGACAUAAGGAAAUAAAGUGUUGGUUGUUUGUUUUUUGACAACGCGAGAAUUGAAUGUUAUCGAAGUUACAAACUGUUAUUAUUCCACACAUUUUAUGAUCACAGAAGGCCCACUAGCUAUGCUAUUUGUUUUUAUUUUUUACUUUGGGUGGAAAUGUCAAAGAUUAUCAGUGUGUCUCUAAGAGAGUUGUCAUGAAGAGGAUCAACACAUAGAAAUGGAAGAGGAUGUGAAGAAAGUGAAAAAGCCGGGUAUCGUGUCUCCCUUCAAGCGUGUGUUUCUGAAGGGAGAAAAGGGUAGAGAUAAAAAGGCUCAGGAGAAGACUACAGAACGCCGUGCCCUCCACACCUUCUCCCUCUCCCUCCCCGACCACCGCAUCGACCCUGACAUCCUGCUCAAUGACUACGUAGAGAAGGAAGUCAAGUACUUGGGCCAGCUGACAUCAGUACCAGGAUACCUGAACCCCUCCAGUCGAACAGAGGUGCUACAGCUCAUUGACAAUGCCAGGAAGUCCCACCAGUUGGCGGGUCAGCUUACUUCGGAGCAGGAUGCAGUGGUCAGUCUGUCGGCCUAUAAUGUGAAGCUGGUGUGGCGGGAUGGAGAGGAUAUCAUACUGCGUGUUCCAAGACAGGUCCUAACCACCCAUCCACGACACGCUGCCGUGGCAUACAUCCUGCUACACCUGGACGACUCACUGCACCUGGUGGUGCUCAAGACAGCCCAGGAGGCAGGUGUGUCCCCGUGUCCCAGUACCUGUCCUGACCUGUCGAAGUCCCAGACCCUCAGCUCUCUGUCUGAGAGUGGGGCUGUACUGGUAGAGGUCUGCUGUCUGCUAGUACUGGCUGUAGACAACAAGACAGCAGCAGAGGAGCUGUGUCUCCUUCUCAGCCAGGUGUUUCAGAUAGUUUAUACGGAGUCCACUAUAGACUUCCUGGACAGAGCCAUCUUUGACGGAGCCACCACCCCUACCAGACACCUCUCUCUCUACAGUGACGACUCUUCAAGCAAGGUGGACCUAAAGGAAUCAUUCGAAGCAGAGGCCAGCACCUUUUCUUUCCAGGGUUCUCUAGAGGCAGGGGGCGACUCUCCGUCCCCCACCUCCACCCCAGCCUCCCCUCAGACCAAGACAGCCAGCGAAGGAGAGCUGAGCACCACCGCCACAGAGCUGCUACAAGACUACAUGACCACGUUGCGUACCAAGUUGUCGUCUCAGGAGAUCCAGCAGUUUGCUACUCUUCUUCAUGAGUACCGUAACGGAGCGUCCGUCCAUGAGUUCUGUAUCAACCUUCGCCAGCUCUACGGGGACAGCAGGAAGUUCCUCCUACUAGGUCUGAGGCCGUUCAUCCCAGAGAAGGACAGCCAACACUUUGAGAACUUCCUGGAGACCAUCGGUGUCAAGGACGGUCGUGGCAUCAUCACUGACAGCUUCGGACGCUACCGCCGCACCGCCAGCUCCGCCUCCGACUCAACCACCAAUGGGAACGGGGCGGUGGGAGGGGACGGGGGUGGGUCUGACGAAGGGCUUGUGCCCUCCGAAGGAGACGAAUGGGACCGCAUGAUCUCUGAUAUCAGUAAUGAUAUAGAGGCACUGGGCGUCAGUAUGGACCAAGAGGGGUCACACCCUAGCCUCUAACCCCUACCAUCGAGCCUGUGCUGCAGUAUGUACCAAGAGGGGUCACACCCUAGACCCUACUCCCUACCAUCGAGACUGUGCUGCAGUAUGUACCAAGAGGAGUCACACCCUAGACCCUACUCCCUACCAUCGAAACUGUGCUGCAGUAUGUACCAAGAGGGGUCACACCCUAGACCCUAAACCCUUCUCCCUAUGCCUUAACUCAUACCCCCUAGUCCCUACUCGUCCUAAACCAAGAGAGAGGACGAUCCAGCCAGCCCAGAUCCAACCCCCUGAUGAUGACAUGCUGUGCAUUGUGGCCAAUCAGCUUUCAGUGUGAGCCAGCGUGGGGCCAAUCCGCUCGGCCUUUUAAAGAAAACUUUAUUGAUCCAUUCGUAGUGGUUUUUACUUUUAAGUCUCUGGAGUUUUGAUUGUUAUUGGCAGCAUCUGCCAUCAGUGACCAGGAUGAAGCUGAGUCGCCCUCCUGAGGGCAGCCAUCAUGAAUACCCACAAUGCUCUGUCUGGUGUCUCGCUUCACAAUGGGUGCGUUUGACAUUGCAGCCGACUUUAAAAGGCGAGUCGAGCCCAACUGAUCUACAAAUCACCUUAGAUCAUAAAAAAACGACCGACUCGAUAAUUAUAUGUGGGUCAAAUCAGUCCCUUCAUACAGCUUCUGCUGCUCUGGAACACGACCAAUCGGAGUCUGUGGGUGCGCUGUACAGGAAGUAAGGGUACCAUUUGACACGCAGACCAGAAGAUGUGCCUGGACACAGAAUAGUGAAUAUUUUAUAAUGACUUAGGUUUGUGUAUGUAGUAGUUAGCCUGUAUUUCUGUUCGUUAAGGUCAAUCAUUAACCUUCUAUACAGUCUCAGCCCUGUCUAAGACUGGGGGCGAGGUGGGGUUCUACUCUGCUAACAUAUGGGGUUCUACUCUGCUAACAUAUGGAGGUGGGGUU